AUGCUUUUGCUUGCAUCUAAAAAUGUUAAAGAUGACAUGAAAAUCCGCUUUGAAGAUUUAGAAAAUUUAAAAUUUUUUGAUUGGUAUAUAAAUCCAUUUGAAACUGAAAACGUUAAUUUAUCUCAAGAAAUAACAGAAAAUUUAUUAAAUCUGAAAUAUGACUUUGAAGCUAAAGUCAUUUUCAACAAAUAUGGAUAUCAACAAUUCUGGGUUACUCAUAGAAAAAAAUAUCCUUUAUUGUGGAAUGAAAUUGAAACACUUAUAAUAGCAUUUCCUUCAACAUAUCUAGUUGAAAGAGGAUUUAGUGCAGUCUCUAAUAUUUUGACCAAAAAAAGAAAUAAAUUACAAAUUGUGAAUAGAGGAGAUUUGAGACUAAGUCUGUCGACUAUUGAAGCUGACAUAAAACGAUUGACAAAUUCCCAUCAAGCACAAGGCAGUCACUAA